GCGAGCGGCGGCGCAUGCCUCAUGAAUGAGUCCCCCUCCACCGCACAGCAGGUCAGACCCCUCAUCCGCCUGCACCCCGAUGCCCGUGUGGGUGCGCAGACCGGCGGGGAACAGUAGAGGAGCCAGCCGCCGAUGAGCCCGGACAGUAAACACUUUGGCACGGUGCUACAUGACCGUUUCAUCCCACCAGGAAAAACACGACAGGAUAAGAUGCUCGAUGGACUCAGGCGGAGGCACGCCUCCCGGCCCUCCUCCAGACCCCUGUCACUCAACUUCAGCACCUUCUCUGCUCCUCCCCCGAGCCCAGACAUGGACAGCAGCAGUGAGCAUCCAAUCAGGAGGACUCUGCACCGGCUGAAGUUGAUGAGCUCCCCCAGCCUCAGCGAGCUGGGAAAGAGUGAGAAAAGUUCGCCAGAGGACAGGGGGGAGAAGCAGAAAAGGGCAGGAGCCAAUGCCACCUGGAACAGCAUCCACAACGCUGUCAUCGCUGUCUUCCAAAAGAAAGGUCUGGCAGAUAACGAACUCUACACCCUCAACGAAGGUGUUCGGCAUCUGUUGAAGACUGAGCUGGGGUUUUUCUUCACAGAAUACCUUCAGAACCAGUUGCUGACAAAAGGCAUGGUCAUCCUUCGGGACAAAAUACGGUUCUAUGAAGGUCAGAAGUUGCUGGACUCUCUGGCAGAGACCUGGGACUUCUUCUUCUGUGAUGUCCUCUCGAUGCUGCAGGCCAUCUUCCAUCCAGUUCAGGGUAAGGAGCCCUCUGUCCGACAGCUAGCUCUGCUUCACUUCAGGAACACCAUAGUCCUGAGUGUGAAGUUAGAGGACGCCCUGUCUCGCCCUCGGGCCCGUGUGCCCCCCUCUGUUACACAGAUGCUGCUUAUUCUACAGGGGGUCCAUGAGUCACGUGGUGUGAAUGAGGAGUACUUGAGGCUCGAGUCCUUGAUUCAGAAGGUGGUCUCACCUUACCUGGGCACGCACGGGCUUUACUCUGGAGACGGUACUGAGGCCCAUUGCUGUGUUCUAGAGAAGCGUUUACCGUGGGGCUGGUCCAAGUCUACAGACCAACCGUCUAAAAACCCUGUGGUACGAUCGAAAAGCUACAAUAUCCCUCUGCUGCUGACCCCGGUGGCUGAGUAUGACCCAGAUGCCAGCUCUGUUGGCAGCGGAGGAAUUCGGCGGCACUCGGCUUGUGAGAUUAUAACAUGCCUGGAGGAGCAAGGACUGGCCUACGCUGACUUGGCCUCAGGACCUGAACUGUCUGGCUCCUCCUCCAACAGGCUGUGUGUGGGCUCUCACUUCAAUGGUAUGGUACAAGCGGGAGCAAGCGCCAUGGCCCUGCCUCUGUCGUCUCCCUCUAUCCUUCCGCUCAUUUCCUCAGGAGCUCUGCACGGCACUGAGGCCACAACAACAGUGACUGAUCUCAGUAAGGGCGCAUCCUCCACGCCGCCCAGUGAAUCAUCCAGCCCUGAAACCAUAAUUGGACAAGUGCUAGAGUCUGCAGACUCGGACUCAGAUGGGAUAUUUAUUGAUUUCCCACCUCAUUCCUCAGAGGCGAUGGGCUACAGCCGCGAGAGCAGGCAGAGCACUGUGUAGCUGUGGUUGCCUGAAACGCCCUGCCCUCAUCAUUCCAGUGUGUGUACGGUAAUAAUCUGUGAGACAGAUUUAAGAUAUUUUACAACUACAUUUCAUUACAUUGGUACCAUCUUCCUUUCUUACCAGUCCAUUCCAAGUGCUUUCACUGGUGAUUGAAAACCUCGCAACUCUUACUUAUCAACUUUUCAGAAACUACGAGAAAAAAAACCACACAAAUCCAAGUGAAAUGAUUUAAAAGGACUGGAAUGUUUUACAAGGUUUUCAACUUAAGGACGCCAUAGUUGUGAUUUACAUCCUGAGAUUUCAACUGUUUUCAUAAACCCAAAUAAAUCAGAUUAUGUUCUUAAAGCUCUAGUGUGUAGGAUUUUGGGCCAUCUAUUGGCAGAAAUUGAACAUAAUAUUCAAAACUAUGUUUUCAUUAGUUUAUUAUAACUAGAAAAUAAUAAUAGUUGUGUUUUCGCUACCUUAGAGAGAGAGCUUUUGAAAUCUUCAUACGGUGCAAGUCCUGCUCCUACCGCCAUGUUGUUCUACAGUAGCCCUGAAUGGACAAACUAAACACCGGCUCUGGAUCACAGUCGAUGCUCGAGAUCAGUGGUUCCCAAUUUAUCCAGAUUUCUCCUUAGUGAUUAGUUCAAGGUCCACACAUCAGAUAAAUUACCUCAUUGCCUAUUCAAUUUGAUUUCACAAAAUGUAAACAACACAUUGGCUUAGAGCACAAAUAAACAGCACAUAUCACAAGAAUAAUGCAGUAGAAGGUAACCAUAAAUGGCACUUCAAAAUAAAAGCUCUAUGCCAGAAAUGUACCGUACUUCAAAAUAAAGUGUGUUUUUUACACACUUGACACGCUCACAGGACACUGGCGGUCCAUUCAGAGUGGACUCUGCUAGCCACCAGUUGGGAAACACCGCUCUAGAUGGGGCCGUUUGCGUUUUUGCGUUGGCCACCGUAGUUCUACGCGCUUGGAGGUCGUGCGUGAUUAGUUGACUAGUCGAUUAAAUGUUGCUACCAUCGCUAGUCGGCACCAGAAAUACUUAUGGAUUAAACUUAUAAUGGAGAAUAUUAUUUUAUUGAUGUAUACAUCUAAAGUACAUAUUGACAUUGCACUGAAAUGUCUUAUCUUACUGGUUAAAUGUUGCUUCAUAAAAAAUCAGGAUCUCUUAGCUACGAAUGUUAACAACGCAGAAUAACAAAAAAAAGAAAAAAUGGAAAAAAAAAACAAAAAAAAAAAUAACCACACAUUAGAUUGCACCGUCCCAUAAGUACCGAUGUGGAAAGAGGGACAAAAAUGUAUUGUAAAACUACAGCGGUUUAUCAGUAUUUUGAUUUAACUGAGUGAGUCAUGUUUUGUAGAAUAAAGUGCAGUGCUCAUAAUGCACAGUGCAAAGUGCCACACAUUUCAGCAGCAAUUACAAUAAGAUUUUGCAAAUUAAAAAAAUGUGAUAAAUGAUUUCAAAUGGCUCUCAUAAUACACACAAUAAUUUUAAAAAUAAUUCAUAAAUAUAUAGAUUAUGCUCAGUGUAAUCUAUAAAUAUAAAUGAAUGUUUUCUUAUUUUAAUGUCAGGGAAAUUAGUCAUCAGGAACCUCCCCACUCACCGCUAGAUGCCAGUAAAUCCUACACCUUUGAGGGAUAAAUCAAUCAUAAAUAAAAGUGAUAUUCUAUUUUUUUCUUAGUGACAACAAAUCCCACGAAAAGACCAAAAUCCAUCAUGAAUUGAUCCCUCAAAUAUUGUCUUUUUUUCAAUCUAUUUAUUUAUUUUUCUCCCAAAACUACUAGAAACACAGUUCAGUGAGCCAAACAGUUUCACUGACAGGUUUAUUUAUUAUUAUUUGGAUGAAAACAAACACUGUAGUUCAUUUUGACUCAAUCCAACAUUCACAUCACUGGUACUUUAAAUACAAAUGUGUCUUAAUCUGUGGCUGAAAGUAGUCCCCCAAAAAAUGCACUAACUUUUGCUAAAGUAACUUUAGGAGAAUAAUUCAGCUUUCUUUAAAUUGAAACUUUUUAUUUUUGACCCAUUUUUAAAUAUCUUUGUCUUUAGUGGAAAUGAAUGGGUGUGGGGCCGACUGUCACAGACACGCUAGGAAAGUUGAUGUACUGAGAGAUGGACAUUAUCUAACCACUAACACAUUAGUGGUUUUGGCUUUUUCACGAGAAUUGUUGACAAUAUCAAAACUUUACAAUACACUCAAUAUCAUUUAACCCAUAGAGCAGCAUGCAAUCCCUUAAAUGAAUUUGAAAAUACCAAAUUUGGAGUUAUGAGGUUUUUAAACAGCAUCAGUUUCUUACCUCUGCUGAGGAGGUGGCUGUUACAGCCACCAGUUACAUGGAAAAAUGAAAAAACUUUGCUUAUUUAUCAUUGAUUUGUUUUGUAUAUGUGUACAUUUUGAACCUCACAACAGUUUUAUAUUUUCUGUUUACACUCUGUCUUCUGCCUCUUGGCAGUAACACAGUAAUGAGGUCUUCUGCUCUCUCUUUUGUACGGCAUCUUACGAAAAUGUGGACUGUUGAAUUGUUUUAUUGUCAGCUGCGGUCAUAGAGGUCUAAUGCAAACUUUUCUUAGAGCAAACAUCAGUGUGACAGCUUUUCUGUAUUCGCUCUGUACAGCAGGAGUUUGAGGACUGAUGAUGUUUAUUGUUUACAUUUGAUAAAGACAUAAACAUUUUGACUGAAUGUCGUCUCACACACUGUAUUUUGCACCACCACUACCCUGUAAAUAAAAAUGCAUUGUUGGUUUUUAGGACAGCUAGAUCGUGUAAAGUGAGCUUUUACCUUUAAAUGAAUUUCAGAUUUUAAUAAGGGCUUUUCAACAGAAUCUUUUUCAAACGAUGUUUUACCUCAAGCGUUUUGUACUUUACUUUUUUGACAAUCUAUGAUGUCUACGGAGUUGUACUUUGUAUUAAUUUGUUAUACUAGCCCAGUAAAAUUAAAUAAAUUUUAAUAGUAUUGAAAAA